AUGGCCCCCUUCAACCUCUCCGCAACCCUUAACGCUUUGAGAAUUCUAAAGUCCCCGACACUCCUUUGCCCACAUCUCACAAUUCCCACCUUCGACCAUCUACCUGUCCCUCUUUCCACCGCAUUGAAUGCAGAUAUCCGCGCGGUAAUCUUGGACAAAGAUAACUGCUUCGCCGUGCCACAUGCCAAGGAGGUUUACCCGGCUUACAAAGAUACGUUUGAGAAGCUAAGAAAGGAAUAUGGAGAUCGGUUAUUGAUUGUUAGCAAUUCGGCAGGAACAGAUGAUGAUGUUGGUCAUGUCGAGGCGGAGGUAUUGGAGAAGAAUACAGGGGUGAAUGUCCUGCGCCAUUCUACUAAGAAGCCGGGAUGUCAUCCCGACAUCAUGAGGUAUUUGACGAGCAAGACGGAUGUCAAGAGAGCAGACCAGGUCGCAAUUGUGGGGGAUCGGCUCUUCACAGAUGUUCUUAUGGCAAAUAUGAUGGAGUCUUGGGCAGUUUGGGUCAAUACGGGAGUGGUAAAUUCAGAACGGACUUUUUAUGGGCAAACCGAGAGAGGGUUACUGGGUGUCAUUAAGUGGGGUGGUGGAAGGGCCCCAGUACCGACCAGGGGUGUUUGGGGGUAGAAUGGAUGUUUCCCGUGCAGUGCCGUGCUUAUGGUGCUGGUGCCCACGAGUUGGCAUCCGACCGGGUCCGAUACAUAUCGAUUCCGCCGCAUCCCUCUGGCUUUGCUGGGAGUUAAGCACCUCUGUUAUUCCCGCUUUGCCGUCUAUUUCUUCGGGUGGGGGGCGGAGUUGUUGCUGCGUUGUUUGUGUUGUUAGAAUUCUCCUGUCUUCUACGAGCGACUAGCGCUCCUAGCUCUCACGAGAUCUGCUGGACACUAUACUUGUAUCAUAAUAUCCCUGGAAAGAGGCAUCAAUUUAGGCUAUCUUCAGAUGGGA